AUGGCGAGACUCACUGACGAUGCUGGCAAAACAUCUGGGAAUGUACCACGUCCAUGGUCCUACUCUGGAAAUGAUGAUGCAUACAAUGGACUCCGGACUAAGUGCGUUCCUCUAACUCUUCCUACCAAUAUGACCUAUUUCACUUUCAGCGACUGCAUUUAUGAGCAAAUAUUUGUUUUGCCUAUGGGCUCACCACUCUCACUUCUGUUAGCUAAUAUCUUCAUGGGCAAGUUGGAGGAGAACUUCAAAAUGUCACUCCAACAGGCAAUAGUAAUUAUGCGAUAUUUGGAUGACUAA